AUGUCUAGACCGAACGCCGCAACCCAGAAGUCCUUUAUUACUCAGGCACUGAAAGCCGAGCGGGAUGUAUCGUCUGCCACUUCUCAAAGGCAAGCUUUAGAAGCUGCCAUUGAUGCUGCUGAGCACUAUAUGAAAGCAUUGAAACUGGCAUCCGUCCAGAAAGACAAACAUGAAUUGGAUGCAAAAUGUAAAGAAUGGCUCACAAGAGCGGAAAAGAUCAAAGAAUCCAAGGACUGGCAAGCUGCCGCCCGUCUCCAUGACCGAACUGUCCCGGAGCCACGGUUGCCCGUAUCUACUCGUAAGCUCACCACUCGGGAGGAGAUCAUUCUUCUAGAGGGAGCCAAGUUGAAUGGCUUCAUAUUCCCUCCAUGGUCCAUCGCCCCAGGCUCUGACGACUUCAAACGAGAGGAUGGUGAAUCCCCGUUUACCGACAAACCCGAUCUUCAUCUUUCUUAUCCUCAGAGGAAAGUUUUUGAUGGCUGGAAACGACCUUCCGAGCUUCUCUCGAAAUACACGGAAGAUGUGUACACUGGAGUGGUUCCUGUGAUCCUUUGUGCUACUACAUCAAUGUUAGAACGGGGCCAGUGUAUUCAUUUUCUUCCAGUGAUAUACCCUAGCCGGGGGAGCCCUCAGCCUUCACCGUCAGGCAAGUAUAUAUUUCGCUUUUAUUUCAAUGGGUGCUUUCGAAAAGUCGUCAUUGACGACCGGUUACCAUCGUCUAAAUCGUCAAGAUCACUCCAUGUGAUCGACCGGAAAAAUCCCCAUUUCCUAUGGCCUGCGCUAGUAGAGAAGGCGUACUUGAAAUUGCGCGGAGGCUAUGAUUUUCCUGGGAGCAACUCCGGGACAGAUCUCUGGGUACUGACAGGUUGGAUCCCCGAGCAAGUUUUUCUCCAUAAUGACGACGUGACUGGCGACCAGCUUUGGAAGCGACUUUACAGAUCGUUUCACCAAGGAGAUGUUCUCUUGACUAUAGGUACCGGUGAACUCACCGAGAGGGAACAAAGAGAGCUAGGUCUCGUGAGUGAGCAUGACUAUGCCAUACUGGAUAUGAAGGAAUCUAAAGGGCGCCGUCAAUUACUCGUGAAAAACCCUUGGGCUGGAGCAGAUACUGCUUCCGGAGACAAUGGAAGCCUCUCUGCAUCCCAGGAUUUACCCAAUAACCCACCUUCAUUUGAGCCGGGUACCUUCUGGAUGGAUUGCGAAAAGCUGCUUCAGCAUUUUGAAAACCUCUAUCUGAAUUGGAACCCUGAGAUUUUCAAAUACCGCGAAGACGUCCACUUUACGUGGGAUCUCAACAACGGGAGAGGCGUAGCCGGCUGCUUUGUGAAUAACCCGCAGUUUGCAGUGUCAACCCAGAGCGGUGGGAUUGUCUGGUUACUGCUGGGCAAGCAUUUCAGAACAACUGGGCAGCCAGAACGACCCCUUGAUGAAUACCAAGCAAAUGAAGAGUCGGCUUUUAUAAGCAUAUAUGUUUUUAACGCAGAUGGCAAACGGGUCUCUUUGAGUGACGGGGCUCUACAUCGUGGCCCCUAUGUGGAUUCUCCUAAUACGCUCAUGAGGUUAGAGAUGCCCCCCAGAACAACUUAUACAGUCGUGGUCUCCGAGCAAUCACUGCCAUCGUUGAAUCAAAACUUUACUUUGUCUGCCUUUUCUACAUCCCCUGUACGGAUGGCAAAAGCCCAAGACAAAUACAUGUGCAUGAGCAAGAUUCAAGGUUCUUGGACACCUUCCACAGCAGGCGGGAAUGCCGAAUCUCCCCGUUAUCCGCUCAAUCCUCAAUUUAGGCUGGAGAUAGAAAAUGUCACAGACAUCUCACUUCUCCUAGAAUGCCCGGACACUGAACUUGCAACCCAUGUUAAAUUAUUCUGGUCUAAUGGAAGUCGUGUGUCGCGUGUACGCAGCCGCGACAUUAUCGCUGAUAGUGGUGACUAUCGCCGUGGUGGCUCCCUUGUGGAAAAGACGGCUCUGGAACCGGGCUCAUAUACGAUCGUCUGUUCCACAUUCGCAUCGGAUCAACUUGGCCGAUUCGCGCUCUGGAUAUCCUCAUUAGUUCCUUGCAAGGCGAGCCUGCUUCCACCGGAGGCCGCAGGACGACGAACGGUCAUUUCAGAUAUUGGCAUACUGCCUCCGGGGAGAGACCGAAUGCUGGCUUCUCUGCAAGUGCCACGGCUUACGAGGAUCAAGCUCAUUACCCGAAGUAGGCAAUCCGUCAUUGGAAGCCAUCCUGUUGGGCCUUCACCCGUGUUAAUGACAGUGGAGCUCGGGCAAGGACCAUAUAAACAAAUUCUGGCGACUUCGGAAGAUGGAACGCACAGUGACGCCAUAUCGGGGGUACGUGUUGAGGACUUUGACUUGCAGCCAGGGCUAGAGGAGAGUGGUGGCAUAUGGAUUGUCAUCGAGAGGAUUGGAGGUCCUGGAGGGCAGGUCGAGGACCACUUUGAGGUGGAAGCUUUGGCUGAAGAGAGGGUUGAAAUUGGGGAGUGGAUGCUUGAAGAUGCCUGA